UUUGAUUUUACUAAUUAUCAUUGUAAAUUAUCAUUAACAUUUUAUAUAAAAUAAAAUAAAACUAUGAAAUGAAAAUGUUUGGAUAGGUUUGAAUUUUAUUAAACAAAUUAUUAUAAGUGGCAAAAUUAAAUGAAUGUUGAUUUAAUAGGUAAAAGAGAUAGAAGAUGAUGUGAAAUGUUAAAAUAGGUUGUUUAAAAAUUUAUCUAUUGUAUAUAGUCUUAUAUUUGUUUUUCUUACAGCCACCUCAGCACUUGCAAACAUGUUUUCUUGUAUCCCAUCAAUACUCAUGCCGUACUGAUCGAUGGAGAACGUUGCUUAAGACUCGUUCUCUUAUAUAUUAACAUGUGGGAACAGAGAAACUUCGGAGACUUCUUCUAACUCUUCAAAUAUUUCGGUUUAUGUGAGCCUUCUCGUUAUUGCCACCUCAGCAUAUGUACAAGUGUAUUCUUGCAUCCUAUCAAAAGAAGGCCAAUCUUUAACUCGUUUGACAACACUUUGCUUAAGCUCUAUUCAAUGUGAUUAGAAAAAAACAAAAACAAAUUCACAGAGAUCCGACCACUGGAGCAAGAAGAAGAACCUUUAGGAUUGCUUGCUCUUUUGUUUCUCGGGAUUCAGAUGUCGGACGGAGGAGCACCGUCGAGGUACGUGAAGUUGACAAAGGAACAAGCUCCGGUCGAUGAGGUUAAUCCCGGCGAACUCAACCAACCGAUUCAGGUUCCUCAACUAGCAGUUUACAAAUGCAACGAAUGUGGCCAAACAUUGCCUGAAAAUUUUGAAGCUCCUUCAGAUGAGCCAUGGACCACCGGAAUAUUCGGGUGCACUGAGGACAUGGAUAGCUUUUGGCAAGGAUUCUUUUGCCCAAGUGUUCUGUUCGGACGUGUCUAUGAAACUCUGAGUGAGGAGGAAACCUCAUGGAAGAGAGCAUGUGUUUGCCAUUCGAUUGUAGUAGAAGGCGGUCUUACGGCCGCAUCCUUGCUUCUUUGUAUUCCCGGUAUAGAUCCACAUACCACGUUUCUUUUUUGGGAAGGCUUGUUUUUUGUUUGGUGGAUGUGUGGGAUUUACACUGGAGACGUCAGGCAAACUCUCCAGCGCAAAUAUCAUCUCCAGAACUCUCCUUGCGACCCAUGUAUGGUGCAUUGUUUCCUCCAUUUCUGUGCUGUUUGUCAAGCACACCGGGAGAUGAAGAACCGUCUUUCGGACAACUUUGUGAUGCCAAUGACUGUGGUUAACCCGCCACCGGUUCAAGAGAUGAGUUCCUCUAACGACGGACACCACCAUGAGUCUGUCCCGGUAUCACACCACAGCUCUGACCUUGUGAUGCGGCCAUUGUAGUGCAAAAAGAUUCAAGGUAUUGUUUUGUACAUGGACCUGAAGAUGCAUGGUUUAAUAAGGAUGAUAUAUAGUAUAUACACCCACUUGGUUUGUUUAAAACUCAUAAAUAAUAGAGAGAUCCUUAUCACAAGAUUUAAAAAAAAAAAAUAUAUAAGAAAAAAGU